UUUUCAUCUCAAUGCCAAAACCCUCAAAACCCGAUUCAAUUCUUCCAUCCAUUGACCUCCGACGAGAAGCAAAGCAUGUCAAACCAACGUGCUGGCAUAUGCAGAUUUCAACUCUCCAACUGGCGACGAACAGGUCAAGAUGCUUCGAUCAGAUCAAAACUUCAUUUAAAUCCAAUCAUGCGUUCAAAAAAAGGGGCUACACUGUUUUUCGUCAACUUCAAGAAAAGAUUGACUAUUCGUACUGCUCUGUUAAGGCUCAGAUGGAUAGAAGCACAGGUAGCACUGGUUAUGGUGGCAAUACACAACAGGAUCAACCUGGGUUCGCAGGUCCAAGCAUGUACCAACCAAAUACAGGUAGCCCACCUAAUAAUUUUACACAAUAUGCUGAACCUGAGCUCCCAGGUCCAACUAUGUAUCAAGCUAAUACAGUCCGUGGGACUGUUUGGAGCUCUGGAUUGUUUGAUUGCCAUGAAGAUGAGACUAAUGCGGUCAUGACAGCAUUCCUUCCAUGCGUGACAUUUGGACAGAUUGCAGAAGUAAUGGAUCAAGGAGAAAUGACCUGUCCUCUGGGGAGUCUUAUAUAUGCUCUGAUGAUGCCUGCUUUGUGCUCUCAAUGGGUGAUGGGGUCAAGCUACAGAAAAAGACUGAGAGAGAGAUAUAAUUUGGUAGAAGCUCCAUACACUGAUAUCAUUUCUCAUGUGUUCUGCCCAUGUUGUUCACUUUGCCAAGAGUUCAGAGAGCUCCGGAAGAGAGGACUUGACCCAUCCUUAGGAUGGAAUGGAAUUUUAGCUCAAAAACAGGCAGCACAACAUGAGACAGUGGAAGUCCCUCCUCCAAGACAAACCAUGUUUUAACCAUCACCUGACAACAUGUCCCAAGUUUUCUCAACUUUCAAUUAUGUGCUUGGUUCUGUUUUUUUCUUAUGUUCUUUUCCUUUUCUUUUCUAGUUAAGUUAGUAGAUUCUUGUUGUUUUUAUAAAUGUGUGUU